AUGUCCGUGGCAGCAGAAGAGGGACGAAAGUCAAACACAAAAGGGAGAUGCGCAAAAUGGAUGUGGUGUUUGUUUCCGCAUGUUUGCCUAAUUUUCUCUCUCAUUGUUUAUACGACGUUGGGAGCGCUGAUGUUUUGUCAGAUUGAGAAGAGGAACCCUUUUAACGAGUCGGUGGAAUUCCGUGCGGUUGUACGCAAAGUGGUGGAGAUGGUUCAGAAUCACACUGAGUCAUCGAUGCAGCAAGACUUGUUGAAUAACAUAGAAACGAUUUUGAAAGCAUACAGUACUAAAAAGGAACAGAAUCAGAACUGGACCUUCUAUGGAUCACUUUUCUUUUGCUGUACCGUGUUCACUACAGUGGGUUAUGGGCAAAUGUAUCCUGUGACUACAGAGGGGAAGGUGGCUUGUAUCCUAUAUGCAAUGGUGGGCAUCCCCCUCAUGUUGCUGGUCAUCUCAGAUGUGGGCGAUAUGUUAGCUGUUCUCUUGUCUAAGGUGUAUGCUCGUCUCAGCUUGUUCUUCAAGCAACUGGUGCUUAAUUGCUUGAGGAGCCUUCAAAGGGAUGGCAAAGAAUCAUCUCCUCACCAAGUGCAAGGUUCUCUUGCUGAUGGUACCUACACUUUUAGCAAGGAAGUGGUGGUGCAUGAGACAAUGGACAUUCAGCAAGUGAUAAGAACCCAGUCUUCCUUCAGACGCAAGUCCUUACAGCUUCGUAAUAACAAAGAGAUCUUUGACCGGAUUGUUGUGAAAGAAAACUUCAAGCUUCAAAGGGAACGUUUCAAGAGCUCUCGAACAAAAUCCAGCUCCUGUCCGGAGCUUGACCGCAUACCCCUACAGACAGGCAAGUUCUUCAACAGCAUUGGACAGGAGAUGGAUCAUUUUAAAUCCCCUUUGCUGGUUAUUCUGCUGGUAGUAUUUGGUUACAUGCUGAUCUGCAGUCAAAUUUUGAGACAGUGGGAGAAAGAGAUGAAUCAUUUUGAUGCCUUUUAUUUUACCUUCAUCACCUUGACCACCAUCGGUUUUGGUGACAUUGUGCCUAAGCACCCAAUGUACUUCAUGGUUACCUUUUUGUUUAUUAUCAUGGGAAUGGCCAUUAUGAGUAUGGCCUUCAAACUCGGCCAAUCAAAAAUUGUUAGCUUUUAUAGGCGGUGCAUAAAGUGUCUUAGCAUGGGCAAUGUACUGCAAAAAGAUCUAGAGAGUAAGUGAAGACAGAAGUAGCAAAGGGCUUUUGUGGUUUGAGCUUUGCUAAUGGCACACAGAACUACUACAGGAAAAUAUGGCCAGUCUCAGCACAUGGCUAUUAGUUUUAAUGUUUAUAUCACUGCCAGUUUGAUAGAUUAGGUCGAAGGGGUAUGGCGCACAAUCCUGCUGCAGUACACACCUGUGGUACACAGGAGAAAACGGGCUCAUAAUAAGAUAUGCAUCUGAGCCAGAUGCAAAGAUGAGACCUGCCUCUAUGUGUUGUGGCUUUCACUUCAGUGCCUGUAUUGUAAGGAAAAGUGCAUGAGACCAUUAUAUUUAUAUGUUGUUUGGUCAGAUAUAUCGGAUGUAACGUGCUGCUGAUCAGAAAUGUCACUUAGCAAGUCCAUUUAUUCAUGACAUUUAUUCAUGUUUAUGCAAGAGUAUAUCUACAGGGUAAAUUGUGUAUUGCAUUUUUCACUGCAUUUUAAGGAAUGUAAGCCUGUCUAUUUGUACUUGUCUCUAGGUUUUGUUUAGUUUCCAGUAUAAUAUAAUGUUAUAAUGUAUUUUCAAUUUAAAGUUAAAUGAAAAUUCUGUCAUUAUUUACUCAUCUUUAUUUUUGUGGCUUGACAGACAUGUUCAAGUCACUAUUAUAAACACUAGAUUAUAAAAGAAUGAUGAAGCACCUGCAAUGCACUUGUGAAGUUUAAUAUUAUCAACUGAUCAUGCACUUUGAAACCAAAUUAAUAAAUGAAUAAUUCU